UUGCGAUGACCGCGGCAUCUUUAACUGGAAGCUGAUGGGGCCACUUCGAAAAUGAUGGUGCGAUCUGACCUGUGGAAGUGACGCGGCUAGGUAGAGACAGCUCUUAGGCCAGCGCAGGCCAACCAACCGACUCGCCGCCGUACGCCGUCCGCCGUCCGCCCUCCGCCGCCUCCUCUGCUCCCUUCUCUUACCCAAGCAGAGAGAGAAGAGCCAAGGAGAAUGCCGCUGGUGCGAUUUGAGUUGAAGAAUGAGUACGGCUUGGGGGAUCCCAGGCUUUACCAGGGAGCUCCAAAGGAGGAGGAGGAUCCCAGGAGCAUUUUGGGCGGAGUCACUGUCUCCGGUCUCGUUGGGAUCUUGCGGCAACUGGGAGAUCUCGCAGAGUUGGCGGCGGUUGUUUUCCAUGAUGUACAUCAACUAGUGAUGACCACAGCAGCCAGAGGACAUAAAGUGUUGAAUCGAAUACAGAAGAUUGAAGCCACACUUCCACGAUUUGAGAAGGCUGUUCAUGAACAAAAUAGUCACAUCCAUUUUGCUUAUAUAGCAGGAUGUGGAUGGCAUUCCAAAAUCCAGACUGGCCAAAGCCAUAUUUUUUUAAAUGAUUUACCAGAAUUUAUGUCAGAUUCUUAUGAAGAGUGUCGUGGCCCACCACGCCUCCACUUGCUUGAUAAAUUUGAUAGUGCUGGUGCCGGAGCUUGUCUGAAGAGAUAUUCUGAUCCCUCUUAUUUUCGGAUGUUUAUGUCUAGUUCAGAUUCAGUAUUGGCUGAGAAAGCAAACAUUGGAAUGAAGGUUCAAAGAAAGAAGCAGAAGCCAAGAUCAAAAGGAAGAAAUGGAUUAGCUCAUCAUUCUAUAAAUGUGACCCUGCAUGGUAGGAGCAACAUGCAGUUUGCAUCACUUGCCACAGAUGAGCUAAGCUUUUCAGUUGAUGAUGCAUCUGCUUCAGAUACAUUAUCAAUCUCUGGUUUUACAACCGAGCACACGCAUUUUAGUUCAAACAAAAGAUCAGGUUGUCUAGAAGUGCAAAGUACGCCUGCAUCAAUGUCAAAAGAACUGUUUGAUAUACCUGCCACACAAGUAGAGGCCACGCAGAAAGUUGAUAGCAUUUUCAAUGAUGACAAUAAAGUUACUACCAGUGAUUAUGUAAUACAAAAUUCAUUGCACCAAAAAAAGAAUCCUUCAUCAUCUUCCAUCGAUUGUGAUGAAAAGCCUGAAAUGGUUAGGUCUGUAACCCAGAUGCUAUCUCAUGACCUACCUGAAGACGGGCUAAAUCCAAAAGCUGCAGGACAUAGCAGCUUAUUAUCAAAUGGGAAUCAUUUAAUUGAUGGCCGCGGAAUACAAGGGGAACAAAUUUCCAGAUCAUUGACAUGGGAUGAAAGUUCAAAUGAUAGCCUGGGUGCAUGCGUAAAAACUGUCUCCAUCUUGCCUUAUUUUGUAUCAAACGAAAAUGCAACCGGUGAUCUUGAAAUUCCAGACAAAAUUGUUUACAGCACAUGUUCUGCUGCAUUGGAUGAAGAGGCUGAAAUUAUAGAUUCUGCAAGUUCUAAAAUUCCUGAUGGCUUCAUUCCUUCUAGGCAUCUAGAUUCAGAUCUGUUGUUUGUAACCCUUGAAAUGUCAAAUCGACAGAGUGAAAUGAAUUAUACUGAAAUGCAUAAUCAAGAAAAUGUCUUGCCCGAUACCGUAAAGGCGGCUGUGCCUUUUACUGCUGGAGGCCAGAUUGGUGUACUAACAAGUCAGUUGGACAAAUGCAUGGAUGCUUCUAAUGCCUUGGACUCUAAGGAUCAAACAAAUUUUGAGUAUUGUGGACAAGAAAUGAUAUUAUCACCUCAUUUAAAUUAUAAUGGCAUGGAAUGUGAAAUUAAUAAGAUUCUGGCAGUCACCAUCCCUUCGUUAGAUGAUAUAGAUAGUGAAAUUGUGCAUGAACCUCGUAGUUCAUUGAAGAAAAAUUUCUCUCAAGUUAUUCCGCUUACAGAGGCUGUGGUCAUUGAUAGGAUUCCACCAGAAGGUUCCUUGACUCGGGAUUCUUUUGAUGAUAAUUAUGCUAAAACUGUUAGUGAAAAUGAGAUACUAUGUGAACACCGAACUAAACAGGAAAUGGAGUCAAAAGCUGAUUCAAAUAGUUCAGGUAAAAAAUUUGAACUUAGUUCGGAAAAGGUGAUUGCUGCUUCAAAAUUGGAUUGCCCGGACUAUGAAUCUCUAAUAGCAUCUUGUAGCAGUUCUCCUUGUCCUGGGUUUAUCAUUCCUAGUACACAAGCUGUGGUCAUUGAUGGGGUUCCGCCUCCAGAAUCGUUAUCUCAAGUUUAUUUCAGUGGUACUUCUGCUAAAACUUCUAGUGAAAAACAGAUAUUUUGUGAAUGCCAAACUAAACAGGAAACAGAGUCAACAGAUGACUCAAAGUGUCAGGGGAACGAAUAUCAAAGCAAUAUCGAAAAGGUAAUUGCUGCUGCAAAAUUGGAUGACUCUGAUUCUAAUACAAAAGCUAUGGUCAGUGAUGGGAUUCCUCCUGAAGAAUCCUUGUCUCAGGAUUCCUUCGUUGAUAUUUCUGCCAAAAUUGCUACUGAAAAUGAGGUGCUUUGUGAACACCAAACUAAACAGGGAACAGAGUCAAUGAGUAAAUCAAAUUGUCAAGGGACUGAAUAUCAAAUCAUUACAGAAAAGGUGAUCACUGCUUCAAAAUUUGAUGGCCCCAGUUCUGAAACUCAUGUAGCUUCUCGUGGUGCCUCAGAUGCUUAUGCUUCCCCAAUAUUAUGUGAUUCGUCUAUUUCUAGUAGUGUGGAAAGCAAUAGUUCUUCAACCCUUAGUUCUGAUGUCACUUUGUCUGGAAGUCUUAUGAACAUCAUUUCUCCAAGAAAUGAUUUUGAAGAUCCUCGUGGUAAUAUGUCUGCUCAGUUAACUAAUAAGUCAGUGAUCUUACCUUCCGAUGUUACUGCAGCCACAACUGUAGUGUCUCAAGUUUUUCCAGUUGAGUCUCUUAGAAAAUCCUCAAUAAAUAUAUGGACCAAUGGAGGGCUUUUGGGACUUGAACCUUCAAAACCUCCAGAUAUUAGUGUUCCAAAUGCUUGUGGUAAUGAUGAUAUUUAUGAUGACAGAUUAGCUGCAAACUCACAAGCACGUGUGCUAGGCAGUGGAAACGAAUCAAGAAAAUUGUUUUUUGAGGAAGAUAAAUUGAAUCGAAUAUCCUUCCCUGAACAAGAUAACGCCAUGGGUAAAAUAUCUGAUAACCAAAGUGAGUCUAUGUUCUCAAAGAAAUGUCCUAAAAGCUCCAUUCAAGCUUCAUUUUGUGAGAUUGGCAAAGCUCAAAAUGCAUACUUAAGUGGUGCAACUUCAGAAAUUGAUAGUGUUCAGGGAAAAGAAGGUAGUUCUGUUUCUUCUGAAGCUUCUAUAUAUUACAAAAACAGGCCAGAAUCCACUGUAUCACGGCGAAACAAUAUCGCUAUGUCAGUUGGUUUUUCAAGUCUUGCACGUAGAUUUCUUGUAAGUAGUCUUCAAAGGAAAUCAUCAAUGACUGGUAUUGCUCCGUUAUCUGAACUGAUGAAGAAUGAUAUCCACAAAUUACUUGGUACCAAAAUUCAUAGUAAGGAUAAAGAAGGGCCCAAACAAACAAUAUCUUCAGCACCAUUACGUAAAUUGGGAGACAAAGAAGAUUUGGCGCAUGAAUUUUCAGAGAAGCUUGUUUCUUCUAGUUUGGAUUCUUCAGGAUAUCAAUCUCCUCCUCUGGAACAUAUGAAAGUUUCUUUCAAUCCAAUGAUUGACUCAGACGUCUCCAAGCUGAAUCUGGAAUUUUUUAGUAGUCAGCAACAAGGAAACAUCAUGUUUCCUUCAUUUCAAUUACUCCCUGCAUCAUUUCAACCUUUGUUGGAUGGUGUUUUGGAAUCUGAUGAUGACACCUUUUGCAGAUCUUGUCCUUAUUCUUCUGAUGAUCUUCUAACCUUACAUUCAGAGUCGGAUGAUGAGAUAUGGGGAGAGGAUGAAAUAGAUAUUUCAUACAGAAUUGAGGCAACUGAUUCCAUUUCAAGCUCCAUUGAAUUAAAUGAUUGUAAUGCUUGCACAGUAAGUCAGGUCAGUGAUGAUGAGAAUCUAGAACGUGGAAGUGAUGAGCUAUCCUUUAACUCAGGCGACAUAAUAGAUCUUCCCAAUAUAUAUUUGCCAGCUGAAAGAUUUGCCUUUUGUCAGUUAAAAAACCAGGAUCAUGAUGCACUAGGGGAGAAGAUCGGUUGGCCUAAUACCGAAUGCAACGAGAAGGAGAAUCAUGUGAAGAACUCACAGUGGGUUAGAGAAGAUAACUUGAGGACGAGAGCUUCAAUUCCUGAUCGGAUUCGCGAGAGGGAGACGAGGUUCGCGAAAGGGAGCUGGGGCCGAAAUUCCAAACGAAUGAGUAGGGAUCAAAUCCAACGGCUGAAAAUACGCAUAAUCGAACCGGCCGGUUAUUCAAAACCGGAGCGGUUUUCCGGUUCGACCGGUCCGAGGCCGGUUCGAUGCGAAAACGGUUCUUUGAAGACCCGUAACCGGCCGGCUGGUACUUUUUUGCAUGGCAAAUUCAAAACCAGACUGUCCUAUAAACAUUAUCACCUGAGGCGAAUAGGCGAUUAUCAUCAGACUGAGAGAGGGAGGAGCGGAUUUGGAGUAAGAGAGAUGUCGAAGGGAUCAAUAGAGAAGCUGGCUUCGAUCGACGCGCAGUUGCGGCUACUUGCGCCAGGAAAAGUUUCGGAGGAUGACAAGCUUGUGGAGUAUGAUGCGCUUCUUCUCGAUCGCUUCCUCGAUAUCCUUCAGGAUUUACAUGGGGAGGUCCUUAGAGAGACGGUGCAAGAGUGCUAUGAACUGUCUGCUGAAUAUGAGAGCAAGCAUGAUUCAAAAAAGCUUGAGGAGUUGGGGGAUGUGUUGACAAGCUUGGACCCUGGGGACUCCAUUGUCGUCGCCAGUUCGUUCUCUCAUAUGCUUAAUCUGGCAAACUUGGCAGAGGAGGUCCAAAUAGCAUGUCGUAGGAGGAUUAAAUUCAAGAAGGGAGAUUUUAUUGAUGAGGCUUCUGCCACUACUGAGUCUGACAUUGAAGAGACCUUCAAAAAACUAGUUGGACAACUUAAAAAGUCCCCGCAGGAGGUUUUCGAUGCUCUUAAAAAUCAGACCGUUGACUUGGUUCUUACCGCACAUCCUACGCAGUCGGUGAGAAGAUCUCUGCUUCAGAAGCAUGGGAGGAUAAGGAACUAUUUAGCUCAGUUAUAUGCCAAAGACAUUACCCUUAAUGACAAACAGGAGCUUGAUGAGGCUCUCCAUAGAGAGAUUCAAGCUGCCUUUAGAACGGAUGAAAUACGGAGAACUCCUCCAACACCUCAAGAUGAGAUGCGGGCAGGGAUGAGCUAUUUCUAUGAGACUAUAUGGAAAGGUGUUCCUAAGUUCCUACGCCGGGUAGAUACAGCUCUGAAAAACAUUGGGAUAAAUGAACGUGUUCCAUACAAUGCUCCUCUUAUUCAGUUUUCUUCUUGGAUGGGUGGGGAUCGUGAUGGAAAUCCUAGAGUGACGCCAGAGGUUACCCGUGAUGUCUGCCUGUUGGCUAGAAUGAUGGCUGCAAACUUAUAUUUCUCUCAGAUUGAAGAUCUAAUGUUUGAGUUGUCUAUGUGGCGCUGCAGUGAUGAACUUCGAGUACGAGCUGAUGAAUUACAACUCUCCUCAAAGAAAGAUGCAAAACACUAUAUAGAGUUCUGGAAGAAGGUUCCUCCAAAUGAGCCAUAUAGAAUUAUACUUGGUGAUGUGAGAGAUAAGCUAUACCAUACACGAGAGAGAGCCCAUCAAUUAUUGUCUAAUGGGAUUUCUGAUAUUCCUGAGGAAGCAACUUUUACCAACGUUGAGCAGUUCCUGGAACCUUUGGAGCUCUGCUAUAGAUCACUGUGUGCUUGCGGCGAUAGCCCAAUUGCUGAUGGAAGCCUUCUGGACUUCUUACGCCAAGUUUCUACCUUUGGUCUAUCUCUGGUGAGACUAGAUAUAAGGCAAGAAUCUGAUAGGCACACUGAUGUCAUUGAUGCCAUUACCAGACAUCUUGAAAUUGGAUCCUAUCGUGAAUGGCCUGAGGAAAAGCGUCAGGAGUGGCUAUUAUCUGAGCUUGGUGGACGGCGCCCUCUAUUUGGCUCCGAUCUGCCGGAAACCGAAGAAAUUGCCGAUGUUUUAGAUACAUUUCGUGUGAUCGCCGAACUUCCCUCUGAUAACUUUGGGGCUUAUGUCAUCUCAAUGGCAACUUCUCCAUCAGAUGUUAUGGCUGUGGAGCUGUUGCAGAAGGUGUUCCAUGUGAAGAAACCAUUGCGAGUAGUGCCACUUUUUGAGAAACUUGCAGAUCUUGAAGCAGCCCCUGCUGCGGUGGCUCGACUUUUUUCGAUAGAUUGGUACAGGGAACGCAUAGAUGGGAAACAGGAAGUGAUGCUUGGAUAUUCGGAUUCCGGUAAGGAUGCCGGGCGGCUUUCUGCAGCUUGGCAGCUAUACAAAACUCAAGAGGAUUUAGUAAAAGUUGCCAAGCAAUAUGGAGUGAAGCUCACAAUGUUCCAUGGGCGAGGUGGAACUGUUGGGAGAGGAGGUGGUCCAACUCACCUUGCUAUACUGUCUCAGCCACCAGACACAAUUCAUGGAUCGCUCCGAGUUACAGUACAAGGUGAGGUUAUCGAGCAAUCUUUCGGUGAGGAGCAUUUGUGCUUUCGAACGCUACAACGCUUUACGGCUGCGACUCUCGAGCAUGGGAUGCAUCCCCCGAUAUCUCCCAAGCCCGAGUGGCGUGCAUUAAUGGAUGAAAUGGCUAUUGUGGCUACAAAGGAUUACAGAUCCAUUGUCUUCCAAGAAGCACAUUUCGUCGAAUAUUUCCGCCUUGCAACGCCGGAGUUGGAGUAUGGUAGAAUGAAUAUUGGAAGCCGGCCGUCGAAAAGGAAACCUAGUGGAGGAAUAGAGUCGCUGCGAGCAAUCCCAUGGAUCUUUGCAUGGACUCAGACAAGAUUUCAUCUUCCAGUAUGGCUUGGUUUUGGUGCAGCUUUCAAGCAUGUCAUGGAAAAGGACGUUAGAAAUUUCCAUGUUCUGAGAGAGAUGUACAACGAAUGGCCAUUUUUUAGGGUCACAAUUGAUUUGAUUGAGAUGGUAUUCACUAAGGGAAGUCCAUGCAUUGCUUCUUUAUAUGAUAAACUGCUGGUUUCCAGUGAUUUGUUGCCAUUUGGAGAGCAACUGAGAGCAAAUUAUGAAGAGACAAAACGCCUUCUUCUGCAGGUUGCUGGUCACAAAGAUCUUUUAGAAGGGGAUCCUUACCUGAAACAGAGACUGAGACUUCGCGAUCCCUACAUAACAACUCUGAAUGUUUGCCAAGCCUACACACUAAAGCGUAUUAGAGACCCAAAUCCUCAUUUGUCAAAGGAGAUACUAAAGGCUAAUAAGUCAGCUGCUGAACUGGUGAAGCUCAAUCCCACAAGUGAGUAUGCGCCUGGGCUGGAAGACACCCUAAUUUUGACUAUGAAGGGUAUAGCUGCUGGUAUGCAGAACACUGGUUGAAUUGCCUUUACUAUGCCAAGGAUGAUAUUGAAAAAUAUGCAUAGAUGUGUGAUAUUUGAAUCCACUAGUUCAUGUGGUGUUAUAUGGUUGUAUUGAAUAAAGAUUGGGAGAUGCAUUAUAUAUAUAUAUAUAUAUAUAUAUUAG